CGGGCGGCCGCGCUGAGCCGCGAGACUGGACGGGGCGCAGGGACCCCAGCAGGAGAAUGAGCGGGGCUGGCCCCGCACCCGGCCCGCGCCUCUUCUUCCCCGACGGAGACUCCGGCCGCUGCCCGCCGCCCGCCCGGGGCACCCCCCUGGCCCGGCCCGAGCCCCGAGCAGGGAGCCGCCCGAAGCCGGAGCGGGGCGCGGGGGGCUGCCCGGCGGGGCCCAGGCGGCGGAAGCGAACCACGUUCAGCCGGGGGCAGCUGUGCGAGCUGGAGCGGGUGUUCGCCGCGCUGCCCUACCCCGACAUCGGCACCCGCGAGCGCCUGGCCGAGCUCACCCGCCUGCCCGAGGCCAAGAUCCAGGUCUGGUUCCAGAACCGCCGCGCCCGGAGGAUCAAGAGCGGGAAGCUGGAGCAGCCGAGCUGCCGGCGGGCUCUGGCCAGUAAACCGCCCCCCUCCUGCCCCCCACCGCUCCAGGGACAAGGGGCCAGAAGCCAACAGGUGCCCGAGCUCCGCCUGCCCGGCAGCUGCCCCCAGCAGUGCCUGGGCCAAGCGCUGCCUGGCCUCGUCUCUGCCUUCCAGGGGCAGCUCCUGUGGGGAGACAGCAGCCAGCCCCCCUGCAGCCAGGCGGGAGCCCACUGGCCUGUGGCUGCCCCCGGCCAGGAGGGGGCGCAGGGAGCAGACCCCAUGGCCGGUGAGGGGCUCUCCUAUUGGGAUGUCUUCCCUGCCCAGACCUCCCUUGGGUACAUCUCUGACCUCAUCUAUAACGCGGCCAUCGUCACCAACCUGGGCGAGCCCUAGGCCUGGCCCCGGCCGAGGUGGGUGCCACUGGGGUUGUCGGGGGGCAGCCGUCAGGCCUGGUGCCUAGAGCUCCUCUGGAGCAGCUGGCACCAGGCACUGCUGGGCUCUGUGCUGGGCAAGACACUCGGACCUGCGGUGCCAGCUGGAAACUGCUGCCCAUGGACAUGGGGGCAAACCCAGCUAGCGAGGCCAGGCUGCCAACCUGGGGGAGGUUUCGGUUGGAUAUUGGGAAACACUGUUUCACUGGGAGGGUGGUGAAGAACUGGAAUGGGUUCCCUAGGGAGGUGGUGGAAUCUCCUUCCUUAGAGGUUUUUAAGGCCUGGCUUGACAAAGCCCUGGCUGGGAUGAUUUAGUUGGGGUUGGUCCUGCUUUGAGCAGGGGGUUGGACUGAUACCUCCUGAGGUCCCUUCCCACCCUGAGUGUCUAUGAUUCUAAACAGCCCUUAGCCGUGUCAGCUCCCCUCCGCCAGGCUCCCAACCCCCCUCCAUCUACCCAGUAGGAACUGGAACCAACACUGGCCUGAAUGGCAGCUGGGCGCUGGAGACUCUGGGCUGCCACAGGACACGGAGGACUAAGUGGUACCUGGCUGAAUUAAUCUGGAGGGAGGCUCUGCUCCCAGGGUGUGCAGUGGGGUGACCUCUGGAUCUUGGCUCUCUUGGGUGUGUGCUGCAAAGCAAUUCCAUCCCAAUAAUAAACGUGGGGCCGUGCCCCCUCCCCAGCUUAGCGCUCUCAUUUUCAUUAGAGGGGCAGUAUUAUUGCACUGACUCCUUAAGAUCUUUGCAAUACCAUCCAAUAUCCUAAAUGCGGGUCUGUGCAGCGGGCUGGCAAAGCGGGGCUGCCCGGUCCUGCAUAUCACAAUCAGCCCUAAUACCAACUAAUCUUUCAAAAAAAUACCUUAAUCUCAGGCUGUAUUUGCAAAUGAUUAUGGCUGGGCCCCACCACAGACUUUAUCUACAUGACCUAAUCCCGGCGCCAUGUAACAUUUCCAGGUUACAAAAUAGAUUUGCACAUAUCAGAAAUAUUAAAGCGUGUUUUUAGAAGGGGCUUAGCAGACAUCAGAACAUUAAUCAACAUUGUUAGCUCCUGGCACACUGCCCACCUGCUAGCCCCUCCCUGGCCAAGCUGGGCCUCCGGGUGCUGCAGCGGAGGGGGAGGACCCCCAGCUCUGGGGAGACGGUGUCAAGGCUCAGGCCUGCCCCAGUGCGGCAGGUGCUGGGUCCCCAUACUCAGCAGUAAAUCCAGCCUGCUGUGGGAGGAGCGGCCUGCAGGGCAGGGUUCCCUGGCAGCAGUAGAACUUCCCCACAUGGUGGCUGGUGCCUGGGAGUCCCCUUCUCUUUGCCUGCCAGUAACUGCAGAGGGGAGCAUGGGAGGAGGGGCCAUCGGACUCUCUCUGGCCCCCUGUAGCUUUGCUGCCCACGAUCAUAGGGCCCUGCUGUUUCUGCCCCCAUGGCUGCUGGCCUGCUCGGUGGCUGGGAUUCUGCCCAGAGGAAGGGGAUUCUGGGACAAGUGUUCAGCAGCUGGGUCCAGGCCUGAAAAUUAUCUACCCCAAACCCAUCCCCCAGAGGGAGGCUGCGGGCCUGGUUAGAAAGGCGCUGCAGAGGGGAAUGUGGCACAGCCAGCCCCCCCGAUAGGCUUGUAGGGCUGGGCCCAUAUGCCAGGUGAAUUGCUAAGCCCCCAAGACAAAUAUUUG